AUGGAUGACUUCGACUACUAUGGAAGGAGGGAUGGGAAGAAGGAGCGUCUGGCUUCCUCGGUCACCGCAACUCCUCGUGAGCAGCCCGAUGCGGGUGCCGACGCCCGGGGAAUGAUGCUUCCGCUCGCGCGGACGCGGCUGGCGAAGAAGCCGACUCACUACAUCCGCUCCAUUACCCCCGCCUACGGGAUCCCCAUUGUCCGCUCCUCCCUUGGCUCGAUGGCAUACCGAGGGAGGGGCUUCGACUUCGUCAGCUACACCAACGAUGCUGAUGCCGAAAUCAAUGACAUUCGGCCACUGGCGCCAUGGACGGUACCAGCCACCAGCAGCUACGGCCACCCUGUCACUCCUGCGGCGAGGGAUGUCAAGCCUAAUAUCUUGGACUUGGGCCAAGUGGACAACAGGCCCUUGCAAGUUUGGACCAACGGCUGUGACGCUGGUGCCGAGAAUGCCAUCGCCAACAUGGACGGCCAGGAGGAGAAGAAAUUCUUCAAGGCCAACGACCUGCCAUAG